AUGGUGUACAUCGAAACAGCUUACUGUGUGUCAACGCAGAGCCAGGCCGCCCACCUACGCACCUGGCUGCCCGAAGCGGGCCGAACGCAGCACCGAACCGACCGGGCGGCCCAGAUCGCAGCCACGAUUCCCUGGAGAACGCGCUUCCAGUUCCGGAACAGCCAAUCCUCAGCCGCAGCCUCGCGGCCCUUCCUGCGCGGCCCGCUGGGCGUGCUGCGGCUGCUGCAGCUGCUGGUGGGCGCCGCGUGCUGGAUCACCAUCGCCACCAGCAAGUACCAGGGCCCCGUGCACUUCGCGCUCUUCGUGGCGGUCCUCUUCUGGCUGCUGACCCUGGCCCUCUACUUCCUCACGCUGCUGGGCAAGCACCAGCUGGUGCCCGUGCUGGGCGAGCGCUGGCUGGUGGUCAACGUGGCGCACGACCUGCUGGCGGCUGCGCUCUACGGCGCCGCGACGGGCAUCAUGAUCGACCAGACGCAGAAACACAGCUACUGCAACAUCAAAAAUUACCAGAGGUCCUGUGCUUACCACGCCUUCCUGGCAGCCGCCGUCUGCGGCGGCCUCUGCCUCUGCCUCUACCUGCUCUCGGCGCUCUACGGCUGCUACCGCCGCAGCCAGGGCGAGUCAGAGGUUGUGUGA